UUGUUAUAGGCCUCGAGGUGGUGGCACCCAGCUCACCAGCAAAUGGCAGAUGUUGCACCGAGCCUUGCCUGGUGUUGGCUCAGUGAAAUGGGCUAAAUGAUCGGCGAACGCACGAACGUAUCGGCCGAUGCUGAUACAAGUAAAAAACGCAAAUAUCGGCCCGAUAUAUCGGCCGUCCGAUGUUUUGGUCGACCUCUAAUUCAUACUAUAAUGUAGCUAUGUGCACUGGAACGCAUUUUCAGUAUGAUGGUCCAUCUCUAAGACCAUUUAAAUAAAUGUCUGCAAUGCCACUAUCUAUUGCUAAAUGAGGUGACAAAUCGGUGUGGCAAUGGCUGAUCAAAAAGAAUCAAUUUGACAUUCUGAAGAAUGCAAACAUUCAAAAAGGCAAGACAAACUACCUUUGGCAUUGCCUUGCCAAGAUGGGGAGCAUUGAAAGAAGAAAAGGGACUGAUGGCCGAUUCUGAUGUGGCUGGGUUUCUCUUGGAUUGGUAAGUACCACUACAGUUUAUAAAUAUAAAAUGUACUCUACCUAAAUUAUGCACCAUUGUUUCAGGGUAAUUCAGUAUCAUUUGAUAGUUAUUAGGUUUGAAAACAACAAAUUUAGAAGCUAAAUUGGACCCUAUAGCUGGUUGCUAUCUGGUUGUCUUAUUUAGUGUGGAUGAGCUAGACACAAGCGUUCUAUUUAUGUGUGGCUUUGAGGUAACAUUUAUCCUCAUUAACGCUAUUGUUAAAGUUUGCAAGGUUCCUGGUAGACAGUUAUGCAAGAUGAUUGCUUUUACAUAAUGUUUGCUGUGAAUCAGGGUGACAUAAUAUUAAUCAGGAAACACUUGUGUGUCUUUAGUUAGACAGUUUUAAGCUUAUAUCACAGAAUAAAAGUUCUAUGGUUGCUUUGACAUCAUUUAGCCCUGUCACACUGAAACUAUGAACAAGUUCAUUUAAAGGUGGAAGCAAUGACAAUACAUGGAAAUAAAUGCAAAUCUUUUUCUCCCAGACUCAGAGACAGGGAUGUUCAAGACAUGGGGUCUGAAUCAUACACUGGAUAUGUGGCAUGCAGCCAAAAGUGUCACAUGGCAGGACUGAUGAAGGAUCAAUCAGAGAUUUUGACCUGACUAAAGGACGCCCCAUCCUGCUCCUGUCACCUCAGCAAUUCACAGUCAAAGACGGUGAUGAACAGCCACAGCUGACAGUCGACAUUGGGGAGCCACACACAGAGGCCCGAGAGGAGGCUGUUGACAAGAGUGCAGACCUGGUUUACUCCCUCAACGACCGGCCGCCCUGGUACCUCUGCAUACUACUGGGCUUCCAGCAUUACAUCCUCGCGUUCGGCGGCAUCAUCGCAGUCCCGCUGAUCCUGGCCGAGCCGCUCUGCAUAAAGGACAACAACAUCGCCAAAAGCCAGCUCAUCUCCACCAUAUUCUUUGUGUCGGGGAUAUGUACGCUGCUCCAGACGGCUGUCGGCACCAGGUUACCAAUCCUCCAGGGUGGGACGUUCAGUUUCAUCACACCGACCCUGGCCAUUCUCGCCUUGCCCAAGUGGCAGUGUCCGGCCCCCAAAACGUCCGUGAUGAUGUCCCUGCAGCUGCAGAACAGCACCAGUCCGCUGCAGAUGGAAGAUUCUGAUGAGAUAUGGAUGUCACGAAUGCGUGAGAUCCAGGGGGCCAUCGUGGUGUCCUCUCUGCUGCAGAUUUUCCUGGGUUUCUCUGGGCUGGUGGGUCUGGUGCUGAAAUACAUCGGCCCGCUGGCCAUCGCUCCCACCAUCAACCUCAUCGGCCUGUCGCUCUUCAUCGAAGCCGGGAAGAAGUCUGGAGGUCACUGGGGGAUUGCUGCUCUCACGGUCUGUCUGAUCCUCCUGUUCUCUCAGUAUCUCAGCAAGGUCGACGUUCCUAUGAUCGCCUACAAGGAUAAGAAGUGGAAGGUUUUCCAGUACCCGCUCUUCAAGCUCUUCUCUGCUCUGUUCGGGAUGUGUGGCGGCUGGUUGGUCUGCUUCUUACUGACCAUCUUCGACGUCUUUCCUUCAAAGUCCGAUGAGUAUGGCUACUCAGCCAGAACCGACAUCAGCCUAGAUGCUGUGGCAAAUUCCCCUUGGUUCCAUGUACCUUACCCAGGUCAGUGGGGUGUCCCCACAGUGAGCGUGUCUUCAGUCUUGGGUAUGAUGGCGGGCGUCUUGGCCUCCACCAUGGAAUCAAUCGGCGACUACUACGCUUGUGCUCGGUUGUCCGGCGCCCCUCCUCCACCCACUCACGCCAUCAACAGAGGCAUCGCAGUGGAGGGGAUCGGCUGCAUCCUGGCUGCACUGUGGGGAACUGGAAACGGCACCACCUCCUACAGCCAGAACAUCGCUGCUCUGGGCAUUACAAAGGUUGGCAGCAGACUGGUCAUCCAGACAACCGGCAUUCUGAUGAUCGUCUUGGGGAUCUUUGGGAAAUUUGGGGCAGUUUUUAUCACCAUCCCGGACCCGGUCAUCGGAGGCAUGUUCCUCGUUAUGUUCGGAAUGAUUGCAGCAGUGGGAAUAUCCAACCUCCAGUACGUGGACCUGAACUCAUCCCGUAACCUGCUCAUUCUUGGCUUCUCCACCUUCAGCGGCCUCGUGCUACCAACCUGGUUCCACUCCAACCCUGGCAUCAUUGACACAGGAAUAAAAGAACUGGAUCAAGUGAUCGUGGUGCUCUUCACCACACACAUGUUCAUCGGAGGAUUCUUUGGGUUUAUCCUGGACAACACCAUUCCAGGCACUGACAAAGAACGAGGAAUCAAAAGCUGGAAGGACAAAGUGCAACAGGGAAGCAAUAAUAUGUGUGACCAGUCAUGCUACGAUAUUCCUUUCUGCAGCGGUAUCUUCAAACGGUUUAGAUGUUUCCAGUACCUGCCUUUCCUCCCUUCUUACAAGACAACCGAACAGGGAACAUCCUUUUAAAAAAGUGUAACGUAGAUAAAGGCAAACAGCAGUUGAGGUUCUGUUUAAUAAGUACCAACUAAAACCUUUAGUCGAAGUUCAAUGCUGUCGUCGUAAAAUAAAGAGUAAAACAAUUAACAUUUUGUUGAAUUUCUACGACCAAGUUAAGGAACUGUGUCUCCUCUAGAGUUGGGAUUCAACAAAAUAAGCACGAAGCUGCACAAAACCCCACUGUUCAGGUGUUCGAAUGUGUAGUAACCAAUGCGUUUCCAGUAGGAUCAUUACUACCUCAUCCAGAACAGUAACCUGCCGAAACGGAUCAGUGGAAGGCUUAUUAUGUCAUGUAUGUUUUCAUUAACAUUUAAUUAUUAAGGUUACUGCUUUAUAUGUUUUUACUUUGUGUUUUGUCCCUGUAUAGAAGUUUAAAUUUUUACAUAUGUUUUUGAAUUUAAAAAUAUGUAAUUUUACUAAUUUUUGUACUGCAGUUUCCAAUCGGUCCUAAACUGUGACCGGUUGUUGUUGAAUAAAUUCUGAAGUUAAGAGAGA